CUUCCGCCAGUGGUCUCCGGUCCGCCAUGCGCCUGCGCUAAGCUGCUUCCUCCCAUCCCCCUCUGCGGCGCCCCUCACCCCGGCGAGGUGACUGAGCGGGACGUGCUCCGGCAGCGAUGGAGAUGCCAGAUAUUGUGAGGCAAAAUAAAAUUGCGGAACUGAAGAACUUCCUCUGUUCUUCUAAGUUACAAAAUAAUCCUACUUCAGCAAGUCCUGUUUUUGAAUCAAAUGGUAAUCAGCCUGUCUACCCAAACUCCCUUCUUCCAGUGAAGUCAAUCCAACACAGACCAGAGAUGGUCAGCAGUCAGCCUCUCACCAUAGUAGAUAACGGCAAAAAGAAAAAGAAAAAAAGGAGGACCAGAGCCACAGACCAUCUCCCAGGGAAGUUUGAAGACUUGUACAAGCUGACUGCUGAGCUCCUUGGUGAGGGAGCAUAUGCCAAGGUUCAAGGUGCUGUUAGUCUGCAAAAUGGGCAAGAAUAUGCAGUAAAAAUAAUUGAGAAAAAUACCGGACACAGUCGGAGUCGUGUUUUUCGUGAAGUAGAAACAUUGUAUCAAUGUCAGGGUAACAAGAACAUUUUGGAGUUAAUAGAAUUUUUUGAAGAUGACACAAGGUAUUACCUUGUCUUUGAGAAAUUGCGAGGAGGUUCGAUCCUAGCCCACAUACAAAAGCGAAAGCACUUUAAUGAACGGGAAGCCAGCAGGGUGGUAAGAGACAUUGCGUCUGCUCUGGAUUUUCUGCAUACAAAAGGUAUUGCACAUAGGGAUCUGAAGCCUGAAAACAUAUUGUGUGAAUCUCCAGAAAAGGUGUCACCAGUGAAAAUAUGUGAUUUUGACCUUGGUAGUGGAGUGAAACUGAACAGUGCAUGUACUCCAAUAACUACUCCUGAAUUAACUACUCCAUGUGGUUCCGCGGAAUACAUGGCACCAGAGGUGGUCGAAGUCUUCACAGAGGAGGCCACAUUCUACGACAAGCGCUGUGAUCUGUGGAGUCUGGGUGUGAUUUUGUAUAUCAUGCUCAGUGGCUAUCCCCCUUUUGUGGGGAACUGUGGCACAGACUGCGGCUGGGACAGGGGAGAAGUCUGCAGAGUCUGUCAGAAUAAGCUCUUUGAGAGUAUCCAGGAAGGCAAGUAUGAGUUUCCGGACAAGGACUGGUCUCAUAUAUCCAAUGAUGCCAAAGAUCUCAUCUCAAAGUUGCUAGUUCGUGAUGCCAAAGCAAGACUUGGUGCUGCUCAGGUUCUCCAGCAUGUAUGGCUGCAAGGGCAGGCUCCUGAAAGGGGAUUACCCACGCCACAAGUUCUUCAAAGAAGGAACAGCAGCACGAAAGACCUGACGCUUUUUGCAGCAGAGGCCAUUGCCCUUAACCGUCAGCUGUCGCAGCAUGAGAAUGAGCUGGAUGAAGAGCAAGAGAACAUUGCUCAGGCCAUUUGUUCCAUGAAGCUUUCUCCCCCAUCCAAAUCCCGCUUAGCCAAACGCAGAGCGAUGACCCAAGCCACCAAAAAUGGUGACUUCCAACCAGUCGCUCAUGCAGCCCUUUGACAUGCGGACCCUGCUGUAGGUUCUAAUGGGAUUGGUCAGCUUUACUUCAUGUAUUUUAAAGUCUAAUAGACAUCAAGGUUUAAUGACUUAGUAGGAAGCUCAUUUAUAAGGGACUUGUACCUUUAAAUGGAUGCAUUUUGUAGGAAUGUUUUUGCUUGACUGAUUUGGUUGAUUAAGGCAAUUUAAUUGAAAUUCUUUUUAAACUAAAGAAAGCAAGGUUGCUGCUUUGUUACCAGAGAUGAUAAACCAGUAAGCUUUCCUUGUUUUCUCUUAAAAGAGCACACUUUAAAAUGUAGACUUGAGGACAUUUGGAAAAGUUCUUCUCUUGCUUUGCAUGUCCGAGCACAAAGGCUUUCUAACCGCAACUCAACCACCCUUGGGUAGGAAACCAUGGUGCUGCUCCUUUCAUCAGCUGGAGCUGCUGCUAAUGACCUACUCCGUACCUUUCUUUUAACCCACCAAAAGGCCGUGAGUGCCCCUUGUCCUUCGCACCUACUGACUCAGGAAGUGCAGAGGAUGCUUAAGGCUGGACCCUGCAAUUUGAUGAGCACUCUCCACUCCCAUUGGCUUCAGUUGGAGUUAAGCGCAUCCUGCAAGAUGCUGAGGAUGCUCCAGCAUGUCACCGGCUCAGGGCCUUGGAAAUGAACACAAAUGCCGGGGAGUAGAUUUUCAUCUUUUGAGGAGGGGGUGUAGGCAAGCAUGUGGACCCAGAACAUUGUUUUAUUUCUUGCCAGUUACAUUCUUAAAUCUGAAUCUGAUACAGUAGUCUUCGCAGAGAAACUUUAAACAAAUGUAUGUUACACUAAGGAUAAUGAUGUAGGGAAUCUAUACCUCAUGAGGAGCAUGUCCCUAAUUACUUUUUCCUGUGUUAUCCUGACUGUAUUUCUUGAUGUAGGAGGGUGAAUGCACAGGUUCCAAUCAAGUAUUAUUUUGGUGAGAAAUCUGAGCUUUUCCAGCUAGUGGGAAGAUACAGUGUGUGAUGGGGGAGGGGGCAUGGUCAGGCACUAGCAGCAGUCAAACCAGGUGGGUGAAGUUUAAAUCAGAAUGGUUUUGUUACAUUAUGCAUACUGAGCCAAGGUAGUUCAAGAGCUAUCAUGGAAGUGCAUUGGCCCAAAUUUUCAAAAGUCACUAGCAAUUUCAAGUAUUCAACUUGAGGUACCUUAACCGCACUUAAUUUUCAGAAAGCGCUCAGCACCCACACUGCGAAAGUUGGCCGCUUUAAGUUGUCUCAGGCUGGGCACCCAAAAGUGCUAGUCAUUUUUGAAAAUUUACACUAAUGUGUCGUGGCAGGUGAAAAAUAUGCCUUCAAAUUUCUGAAUUAAUCAUCCCAAACAGCUAGAGAAUGAACACUGGAAACCAAUCCAGCAAACCAGUGGAAAUGGAGAAAUCUGAACUAUAGCAGAUUUCAUCACCCAGUCUGUCAGAGUUUCACAUUUGCCUUUUGAGAAGUAAGUGUGUGUGUAUUUUUAUAUAUAAAUAUUUUUAUACAACAUGCUGUAUUGGUGACUAAUAAGAAAAUGUUAUACUUUAUUUAAACUAUUUUAUAUAUUGUGCCAGUGGUAAAGAUUAUGAAUUGUACUUAACCUUGUUUUUUAAAAUAUGUUAAGUUAUAGAUUUAAUACAUUCCAUACUUGACUAUGUAUUUUUGGUCUGAUUUUGGAGACUGAAAACUCAGGAAGCAAUUUGCUUACCCCUCUCUGUGACACUCUUGUUAACUUAUGUACUGAAAAUUAAACUGAAUUUACCUUC